GUAUCGAUCCUCAUCAGAGUCUACGUAUGGCUGAUUUGGGCAGGUCCCUCCAAUCAGCUGUCCCGCUGCCUCCGUCGUACGAUGUUCUCGCGUGUUCUGCUCACGGUGCCUUGUUUUCAUCACCCCAGCCUCAGUCCACAGCAGCUCCGCGUCUCAGUCGGUGGGCGAGGAGGAUGAAGGGUGCGCAUGUUGAAAAAUGGACUGCGCACUUUCCUCACGGGCUCUCGCAUCGACGCGUCUGAAAACGUCCCCUCCACGGUGAUGCUCCAUGUUGCGGCGAGGAGCGGUUUUGCGGGAGGAGCGCGGCGCCAUGCACCGUGGCGGUUUUGCAUUUUUACGCAGCGGUCCAGCCUCUUCGUCCUCUAAUCAAACGGCGUCACAUGCAGCUGGAAAGCACUUUAACGCUUCAGAUAAAAUGUGUUUGGGUGAAUGCCGCAGCCCACAGGAUUUGGAGCAGCACUGGAGGCCAGCAUGCGCGGAUCAGAGGACGUUUUUAUAACGCUUGCGAAUCAUAUAUAGCAGAUUUUGGCACUUAACGUAAAAUCAAAGACUCAGCCAUGGGUGAUGAGAGCAACCUGUCUCGGCAGAUAGAGAGUGUGGAGAGGAGCAUGGUGUUCCUCAGGCAGGAGCAUCUCACUUUGCUCCACGGCCUCCACCUGGAGAUCCUGUCCCUGCAGAAACGAUGCGCAGAGUUGACAAGUGAACUAAAGGUGAAGCCUCCGGGCAGAAGCCAAAUAGAGUUACAGGAGGAAGAGGAGCUCCUGGAGGCUCGGUGUUGGGACCUGGAUAGCCGUCUGUCCGAGCAGGAGUGCACCUUAGGAGAGCUUCGUAAGGAGCUGAGUCACAAAGGGGCUUUGGUGGGAGCGCUGAGAGCCAAUCUCAAGGAAAAGGAGCGCCAUUUCCUCGAGGAGCUCAAACGGCGCAGCCACUGCUCCACCAUCCUCAACACGGAGCUGCAGAAACAAACGGAGGCGGCAGCAUACCUCUCGUUCCAGCUGCACGCUGCCAGGCAGAAACUGCACCACCAGCGGAUGCAGCAGAGGCAGGGACUCCUCGCCCGUGCCAACAGUCAGGGGGCCCAGUAUGGUGCCGAGCAGAACUCUGUUUCUCCACAGAUGCCAUCAGGAGCCUCCCCUUCGUCUCCUGUGGUAAAACCCAAGCGUAAGAGCGCGAGGGCGUCUUCGAGAGUGGAGCGUGCCCGCGAGUGUGUGCCCAUAGAGAAAGUGAUGGGCCCCGCAGAGCCCACAGCGAUGCCGGACCCUGCACUCUUCCUCCACCCUCGAAGGCACAGGGCUCGCUCCAGGCACACUGCAGCACAAAGACAGCCUCCACUGGGGCUAGAGAUGGAGGAUGAGGAGGAAGGAGGUGGAGAGGGGCCAGUGGAGCACCAGGGUGAAGCUGCCAGACUGGUGUCUUCAGCCGCAGCGCCCCCUGCUGCUGAGACAAAGGCAGAUUAGCGACUACUGUGACUUGUGCUUUUAACUGCAGUGUGAUCACUGUAUGAUUAUCUCCUGUCAGACUGUUAAUGCUGUUAACUGUUGUUCUGCACUUUGACUAAAUUGAUACUGAGACUGGUUUUAGCUAUUGAAUUACAUCACACUUAUUGUAGACACUUUUUUAAAUAUGGACUUUGAUAUAACCUUAAAUAACUUGCAAAGCGAAACUCAGUGUCACUUUAAGUCGGUCUGAAAUGAAGUUAGAUGAAUUAUCUGUUUACACUGGUGUCACAUGCUCAGUAUACUGUGGCAGCCCCUUUUUGAUCUGUGGUGACUGAGUAGCAGCCAUUUUAGGUGGGCUACAAGCCGACGUGUUGUGUAGCCCAGCCGACUUUGAACUUUCAAGGCCAAUCGUAAAUCAACCAUGUGACCAAACGUUUGUGUGGCCCCCCCUGACUGAGUCACAGCUGAAAAUAUCUGAUGUGGCAUGCACGUCUGUGUGAGUCCUCCAAGUGAAAAAAUGUUGAUUGAAAAGAGGUGUGUGGCCAUUACUUUGAAAAAAUACAAUUAGAAAUAGUAACUUGAGAUAACUUUUUUUUUCUGAACUUCAAUCCAUGACCACUGCACUGCAUAUCGCUCUGUUAAGCUCUACAGCUGAUAAAUUUUAUCUGUAUUACGCCUCUUUAUACCUUUAAACACAGUAAAUUCAUAUCUGAUUUUGCCAGAAGAGGACGUAUAAUCCCAGUGUUGGGUCAAUAUCCUAGCCCCAGCUGUAACCUCAAAUGCUUAACUCUUUAAACUGACCAUACAUUAAAGGUAUAGUGUGCAGGAUUUUCCCUAAAUAUCAAUAUAUAGAGUCAUACAGAAGAAAUCCAUCUUAAUCAUCACUCAUGACACACUACAAGUAUGUGGCAGUGUAUGUUUCUGCAGAGACCUUUGCCUGUAUUUUCUUUGUUUCUUCUUAUUGUCUGUGUUUAGGACGUUCAUGGGCGUGUACCCUCACAACACUCAGGUGAGGUCGGGGCUUUAUUAAAAGGUAGUAGCCAAGUGCCAGCCCUGUUUCCACCAAACACUUUCGGUAUGGUACCUUUGGAACCAAAAGCAACCCUUCAUACAUGGUACCUAGACCCUAGCGUUUCCACUGCAAACAGUACUCAAAUACUUAAAGUGGGCGGGUUGUUGUCACUCACUGCUCCGUCCAGCACGCACUGUAUUUCCUCAUUACCAGUGUGAGAGAUGGAAAGUCUUUGACACACUGACAUUUUCAGAACAAAAUAGAGCAGGCUGCAGUGAGAGUCUCUCUUUAUAAGAUAUUUAAAAAUAGCGGGUUUGUGCAUUUAGUCCUUCUAAGGCAAGCUCAGGGGUUUAGUGUCGCAGUAGCCCACAGGAAUGACACUCCACAACGCUUUUUUUCUCUGAGUGAGGAUUAGAAUAUAUGCAGUUCACAUAACCAGGUCGAAAUUAAUAUAUAUAAACACUGGAAGAUCCACUCAUUACUAAAAGUGUAUGUCAUAUAAAAACUAAAGUAAUGGUCCAAGUUGACACCGUGAAAUUUAUAAGUAUUUUUUUUUUUAAAGAUAUUUUUUGGGGCAUUUCGGCCCUCAAUGGACAGGACAGACAAGUGUGAAAGGGGGAGAGAGAGAGGGAGUGACACGCAGCAAAGUGCCACAGGCUGGAGUCGAACCCAGGCCGCUGCAGCAACAGCCCUGCACAUGGGGCGCCCGCUCCACCACCAAGCCACCAACGCCCCGACACAGUGAAAUUUAAGGUGUGUUGACUGAUUUACGUCAACAACUCAUGCCUUGAGUAACAUUACGAGUUAACGUUCCACCUUAAAAGUUGUCGGCAGUCGGCCCAGUGAAUUAAGUUAUUUUUUUCUCAGACUCCAGCUGCUGCAAGAGGCAGCAAAACAUCCUUUCAUUUUAUAGUUACAGUAAUAAAACUCUCCACGGUAUGAACAGAGGUUACAUGAGCCUCAAAACCAGCCACAGCUCAGCCCUGAGCAGAGUGACCGUCCUCUACUGACCAAUCAACAGACUGCAGUGUUCACAGCUCCACCUAGUAGCAGAUCUGUGUGCUAGGUACCCCAACAGAGGGGUGACCAAAAAUGGGGACGGUACGGAACAGUUCCAUUGGUAGCAUCCACAACUUUUCACAGUGGAAACAGAAAAUAAGCGCACCGAACUGAACUGAACCGUAUUGCUCGGUGGAAACAGGGCUUUGGAGACACAGCACCGAAAGAUGAAACACAAAUGUAGCAGGGCAAAACACCAAACAAGAGUGCAUCUGGGGUUGGCUUUUGCUUUCACUUGCAAAUGUGUUUACAAAGAGUAACCGACAAUCCUGCAUCGUAUACCUUUAACAAAACUACUUGUCGUCAAAGACAAAAACUGACCUGUUUUUUCUCUUCAAAUUGCAGCGUUUGUUUCUUUUAUCAGUGCGUCUCUUAGGUGAAGGACAGAUCAGAUAGCAGUAUUGUUGGCCAUGUGUAAACUUAAAGUCUUGGAUUAGCUAACACAAUAUUUAGAGUCUGUUUUACUAAAGGAUCCACAUUGAGGCGCAUGUGUGCUGCUUUGUAUAAACAGGUGGUGAUGAUGAGUUCUGAUGCGUUUGACCGUGUGUUUCACUUGGGUGUGGUUUGCGCACUAAACACACACACACACAAACACACACUCUGAUUACUUCAAUGACUUUGUGUUUGUGGUUGUGUUGGGGUUUCUUUUCACCUCAGGAAAAAUGGACAAACGAGAACAAGACUGGAGGUUUUGGUUUUUAACUGAAGUCUGGUUGAUUUUCAAAGUGUUUAUUUUUCAUUUUGCGCAGUGUAUCUGUGUCUAAAUGCACACAAGUACGGUGACUGUGUGCUGUAACUGACCAGAGGGCAGGCGCAGCAGAAAGCCAUGUGUGUGUGUGUGUCCUGUUAUCAGAACAAAUGCACAUGGUGGCCCCUAGUGUAACAAGAAGCAAACAGCAACUUGGGGUAAAAAAAAAAAAAGCAGUAAAAGAGAAGAUCAAAUUAACACUUUGACUUUAUUUUAAUGUAGGACAUUUUACUUUUUAUGUUACUGCUUCACUGUCCAUUCUACUGUAAUUACUGCCUUAUAAUAGAGGAGCUGUGGGUAGAAGAAAUGCAGUGUGGAAACUUGGGACAUUACUGAUGUAUAGUGUCCUUUGGUUUCAGAAAUACUUUUUAGGACUCUUUGGGGUUUGCAUAUAAGGGUUUACUGUACGUAAUAUGGCACCUCAGUUACUUUUGAUCCAAAGUCACAGUUGAUUUAUACUUGAGCCAUGACUUAACUGAGCAUCCGUGUCUUUGAAACGAGCCUUCCUACAAGACUGGAUUCAAUCGUGAUUAGUUGCCGCGAGGCUUUUCUCGCCUGCUGCAGCAAACUGAUUAGAAGUUUAGCGUCAUGUUUUAGCAGUAUAUCCUCAAUAAAGCAAUAUAUCAAUAUAUUUAUAUAUUCUUAGAAGGUCACGCCAGCUGGAUUAAGGACACUUGAGGUGUUUAAAAUAGAUUUUAUGAUUGUUUAACUUUGUAUUUUGUAACCGUUGAGCUCAGUAUGUUUUGCUUAAUAUUUUUCUGACUUGUCUAAUGGAUUAUUUCUGUUGAUUGUCACUGACUCUUGAUUAUCUUGACUUGAUUAAAUGUUAUGUUACAGUUCACAGGAGGCAAGUGAGGAACCUGACAUGCUGCGUGUGAAGCAGCGUUAAGCAAAUGGGCAUAUUAUUAUGCCACAUGAGACUGUCUGGAUGAAAACGAACUUUGCCCUGUCUAAUUUUUUAGCUAAAAUGCAAAUGUGACAAGGGUUUUCAUUCACGCCUCAGCUGGUAAGCCAUUAGCAUGACGUGUGCACUAUUCUAUCCUGUAAGAGGCAGCCGGGGAUGGACGUAUAAAGCUGUCUGUUUGAAAACUUUUUUUUUUUUCCACCAACAGGAAUCCUGAAUUUAGACUGUUAGACUUCAUCACUCCACGUCAUCCAAAUGAAGCGCCAGGUAGAUUAAACUCUCCAUCCACCUCUCAUGGUAAUAACUCAACACCCUGCAUACCACAUCGCACAUUUCAGGUGAUCAAUAGCUUUGGUGUUAUGUAACAACUUGGAUUAAUCACCCAAAUCCAGGUUGCUGCAUGCAGCUACAGACUGUUGACUUGUUUGUCUGCUUUGAGGGAAAAUGCUAAUGAGCCAAAGAGGCCCACCACUAAAAUUAACAUGAAGGCGAAUGGUGUGAUGCCUUAACGAAGAUGUCUUUUCAUGAAUAUUUCAGCUAAAGAGAGUAAAUCUUCACCGCCUGGUUUGCUUUUUCUACUUUUCGGAGCAGUACAUCUCACAACAUAGCAAGAAAGUCAUUCACUCAGACCCACAGGAAACGUCUUCCAUCGCUCUAAACGCCUUUAUAAUAACCCUAAUCCUCAUAAUAAUAACAAAUGUCAGCAGCUUCUUGUCCAGGUUUUGUCCUCGUUGAGUUUAUUUUGCAUCUUCAAGAAACAUUUCAGAGGACUGUAUGUUGCACCAUGAAGCAUCUUGUUUGACAUGUUAUGUGGUCUCCAGCAAUAACACGGUGUGGUACCCAACAUGAAGAUGUUGCUCUGGGUUGUUGUAUGGUUUGGUCCUUGGGUGAGCAUAAACUGUUGACUGAUUACCGCAUAUACUGUGUUAGCUUCCUAUAGUGAUCUACUGUACAUGUAAUUGGAAUAAAAGGAAGGAUUGUCUAGUCUGCUGCCUGCUUGUUAUUGUUGCCUGGAAGUUUAUCAGAGAAAACUUGUUUUGACAGAAGCAGUGAAUAAAUCUGCAGGUGUUUAAAUUAAAUGAUUUCCCU